UUCAUGGCCGCAGAAAUGGAAAUAUUCUGUUCUGUGUAGGUUUUGUGUUAAUGAUUUGAAACAUCGACGAAUUACGUGACGAAUGUGAUGCUGGUUGUUCUCCAAAAUCAUGCAUUGCAUUAGGGAAUAUCGAUUUCAAAGGAAGACAGUUAUCUGUUGUGUCUUUGGCUUAUCAGAAACAGUAAUGGAAACUCUCUACACGGGACAUAUCCAUGGAUUUCCACCAUCAGCGAACAUAUCAUACGGAUCACUAAGCACUGCAUGGGGCUCACAAGGAGGUUUAAUUGCUUUAGGAGUAGUCCUUGGUAGCUCUGUUAGUUUAGUUGGACUAGCAUUUGCUUUUAUUACAUACAGUUUAUUUUCAGAUUUAAAAUCUUUGGCAGGAACAACUCUAUUAAGCCUUCUAGCUUCAUUGUUUAUGAGUCAGUUACUCUUUGUUAUUGGAGUUGGAGGUGUACAGGACCCGGAACUAUGUUUGUCACUGUCGCUGGCAUUGCUCUUCAUGAAAUUGGCAUCACUCUGCUGGAUUUGUUGUUGUUGUCAUCACGCUUUUGUUUUAUUUCGCUCAAACACCAAUCUCUGCCCAAGUCGAGAAUCAACAAUGGGUAAAACAUUGAUUAACUAUAGUCUCGUAUCAUGGGGGUAUCCUUUGAUAAUGCUUGGAGUUGCAGCUGCCUUUAAAUAUAAAGAAAGAGACAUUAGAAUCAGCGGUUAUACACACUUACAAAUUUUUUCCCAAAUAGUGCAAGAAUUGAAUGGAGAAAAUCACUGCUGGUUAAUGGAAGGAUCGGCAUAUGUUUGGGGGUUCUUAAUGCCAGCUAUCGUUUUACUUUUCUCAGGGUUCUAUCUUGCGUGUCAAGGAGAGGGAGCCAUAAAAAUUGCUGCUGCUCUACAAAUUGAUUCCCGCACAAAAAAUAAGUUAAUUAAAAAGCGAGGUUUACAAAUAGGAUUAUUUUUUAAGAUCUUGGUUGUCCUAUCAACCGUUGUAGCACUUGGUGCUAUUGCUUCUAUUGGAAAUAUUAUGGAGCUUUGGUCUGUUUACAGCAUUGCACAGGGAAUACAGGGUCUCGUGAUAGCAUUGCUCGUAUCUUGUAACUGUAAAGUUUUGAAACUCUACUCAGCUCCUAAAACUAAUAAGUCGCGCCGUGGGACGUAUCGCAGUCUGAAGGAUGGCGAUGGAGGUAGAUAUGGACAUCUUUCUAUAUCAAAUCCCAAUUACGAGGAAAUAUCCCACAUCAGUAACAUUCCUAGCGACGGUGUUUCGAGUCUUACCAAAAUGUCUUAUAAAGAAGGAUGUUUUGUAGAUCGCAUGGAUAACUCUACUACAACAGCAUUGGAUUGCGCUUUUAAUGGUGAAUUAUCUACUACACUUUCUAUUGAUGAAGUAUCCAAAAAUCCCUUGCCUGUCUCAGUGUAAAGUGAUGUACAAUGCAUAUCAUGUUGAGUGUCAGGCCACUGCUAGACACACCAAAAAUAAACUACAGUAACGUAAAGUUUUGACAACCGAAAAAUAACGCUUAUAAACAAAAUUAAUCGUGACCAAAACCAAUCGAAUUUUGUUUCCUUCAAUUUUAAUAACAAUAAUUGGAAAACAUAAGUAAUAUAUAUAUAAUAAAUUGUUGGUUUGUACUGCAAAAGCAAACUAACAGCAAUUUCGUUUGGAUUUCGCUGCGCCGAUCGAAAUCAGUCGACCGAAAAAAGAAACGUUACAAUGCUUUAUAUUUCAUGAGUAAGGUUUUUCAUUAUGAUGACUUUUUGGUGUGUCUAGCAGGGGCAUUAUGCUAGAUCAAUGCCAGGGAGUACAGAUGAAAUCUGUUCGCUAUGUAGGACAAUAAGUUCAUAUCAGUGAUGGUUUGUAUGGCAACAGAACAUGGAGUAUGGACACUGAAAAACUAUUCGGUAUAAAGUAGUUUACAUAACUUAUUCAUAUCACAGCCACAAAAGAAAUAUAAAAUUAUUUGCCGUCCAAAUUCAACAAUAUUUUGUACUGAUUUUUACUAUAAUGAUCAUUAUAAGGUUGAUGGUCGAAGUGGUUUUCAUGUUUGCAAUAAGUAACCAAAUUAUAUACAUAUUGAUCCCAAGUAUACCCAAACAACUGCAAAAUGGUUUAAAUGUCAAAAUUGUGUUUUAAUGAUGAAUAAAAUUGUAAUGACUCCAAAUUAAUGGUUUGUAAA